UCUGCUGCGAGUUCUCUGAAAGGGAACAGAAUGGCUGUCAAGGAGAAGCUGGAGGCAGUACUAAACGUGGCCCUGCGGGUCCCUAGCAUCAUGCUUUUGGACGUCUUGUACAGAUGGGAUGUCAGCUCCUUCUUCCAGCAGAUCCAAAGAAGUAGCCUCAACAACAACCCUCUCUUCCAGUACAAGUACUUGGCCCUUAAUAUGCAUUAUGUGGGUUACAUCUUGAGUGUUGUCCUCCUGACACUACCGAGACAACACCUGGUUCAGCUCUACUUGUACUUUCUGACAGCGCUGCUGCUGUAUGCUGGGCACCAGAUCUCCAGGGAUUAUGUUAGGAGUGAACUGGAAUCUGGGUACGAAGGGCCAAUGUAUUUAGAGCCUCUCUCCAUGAACCGUUUCAUGACCGCCUUAAUAGGUCAGCUGGUGGUGUGCACGCUGUGCUCCUGCGUCAUGAAAACCAAACAGAUCUGGCUCUUCUCUGCUCACAUGCUCCCUCUGCUGGCACGACUCUGCCUGGUCCCACUGGAAACCAUUGUCGUCAUCAAUAAGUUUGCCAUGAUUUUCACUGGCCUGGAAGUUCUCUAUUUUCUCGCGUCCAACCUGCUAGUACCGUAUAACCUGGCAAAAUCUGCCUACCGAGAGCUUGUCCAGGUGGUGGAGGUCUAUGGGCUCCUGGCGCUGGGGAUGUCACUCUGGAACCAGCUGGUGGUCCCCGUCCUGUUCAUGGUGUUCUGGCUCGUCUUGUUUGCUCUGCAGAUCUACUCCUAUUUCAGUACGCGGGAUCAGCCGGCCUCCAGAGAGAGGCUUCUCUUCCUCUUCCUCACAAGCAUUGCAGAAUGUUGCAGCACCCCGUACUCACUGCUGGGCCUCGUGUUCACCGUCUCCUUUGUUGCUUUGGGAGUUUUAACACUCUGCAAGUUCUACUUGCAGGGCUACCGAGCGUUCAUGAAUGACCCUGCUAUGAAUCGGGGGAUGACGGAAGGAGUCACGCUCCUGAUCCUGGCCAUGCAGACCGGCUUGAUCGAGCUGCAGGUGGUGCACCGGGCGUUCCUGCUCAGUAUUAUUCUCUUCAUUGUGGUUGCAUCCAUCCUGCAGUCCAUGCUGGAGAUUGCUGAUCCCAUUGUUCUGGCACUGGGGGCUUCAAGGGACAAGAGCCUGUGGAAGCAUUUCCGUGCGGUCAGCCUGUGCCUGUUCCUGCUGGUGUUCCCAGCAUACAUGGCCUACAUGAUCUGCCAGUUUUUCCACAUGGAUUUCUGGCUGCUGAUCAUUAUCUCCAGCAGCAUCCUCACCUCCCUCCAGGUCCUUGGGACGCUUUUCAUUUACGUCUUGUUUAUGGUGGAGGAGUUCAGAAAAGAGCCAGUCGAAAACAUGGAUGAUGUGAUUUACUAUGUAAACGGCACAUACCGGCUGCUGGAAUUCCUCGUGGCGCUGUGCGUCGUGGCCUACGGCGUCUCGGAGACCGUCUUCGGGGAGUGGACCGUGAUGGGCUCCAUGAUCAUCUUCAUCCACUCCUAUUACAACGUGUGGCUGCGUGCCCAGCUGGGGUGGAAGAGUUUCCUUCUCCGCAGGGAUGCUGUGAAUAAAAUUAAAUCACUGCCCACUGCUACAAAAGAGCAGCUGGAGCAACACAACGAUAUCUGUGCCAUCUGCUACCAGGAUAUGAAAUCUGCUGUAAUCACACCGUGUAGCCAUUUCUUCCACGCCGGCUGUCUUAAGAAAUGGCUGUACGUGCAAGAGACCUGCCCUUUGUGCCACUGCCAACUUAAAAGCCCCUCGCAGCUCCCCGGACAGGGACCGGAGCCAGUUCAACAGCCAGACCCUGGAGUGGAGCAGAAUAGGAGUCAUCGCGAAGCGAACGAGCCCCAGGGUGUCAAACACAACGAGGCGCCAGAUACGCAAGACAGUCUUAGUGCCAGUGAUGGACAAGGGGUGGAGGAGCCAGCUUGCCAAGAGGACUCUGUGGACCUUGUAGAGGAUGCUCAGAGUCGAGAUUGUGGCCUGUGGCCUGUGGAGGCCAGGCAGGGGAUGCCUAUUGCAAAAGAAAUUGUGCUGGAGGAUCAAGAGGAGUCUCCCACUCCAGACCCACGGGCUUGUGUCCAGAUUUGAAGCGACAGUGGACGAUGCUGGAGCAGAUGCGUUUCGGAGACCCAGGCCUGACUCAACAGAGAACUUGUCCUUCCGCUGUCGUGAUACAGUUUAGCAAUUAUUGCUGGUCAAGAUUGUACUUCGAAUAUCCUAUGCUGAUUACCGGUGGGCUGCUUGUUAAGGGGGGAUGCCAAGGGAACUCAACUAAAAGGACUCCAGAAGCUGCCUCUGGAUUAUGAGGGGAGGAAGAGCCUGGAAACAAACUAAGUGGAAAGAGUGUUUUCGGGGGGUGGGUGAAGGGUAAGACGAGCAGGAGAGGGUGUGGGAGGCGGCAGAGCGUCCAAGGAAGUGUUAGCGUUUGUUUGGGUGGGGAGGGGAACCGUGUCCCAGGGUGCCCGGGGGGGUGGGGAGGGGGGGGGUUACCACAUGUUGGCCUGCUUUUCUGCAUUGACCAGAGUGCAGCCACAAUCGCUGAUGUUUUGUAGAGCCCUGAAGCAAGAGGCAAAAGCCUCAGAGCACCGAUUGUCCAGGAAGACAGAAGCACUCCUACGUCAUGUACCUGCUUCAGGCAUUUCUGGUGGAGCAGUUGCAUUUGCAUUCAUGUAAUCUAUAGCGACUCUCGACUUUUAUGACAGAGUCCCCGAUAUUUUGAUGUACAUGAAACUUUUGUUAAUAGAUGAGGAUGCACCGUCUGGGCCGUGUGAAGUAAACUAAAGCUCGCGUGAGCACUUCAACCUCCACCGGAGGGAAGUGGGAAGAGCUUUAGGGCACGGAUAGAGGCCGCGCAGUGCUGUCCAAACCUGUGUAACGUUCACUUCCUGCAGCUGAGUUUAAAGCAGUAUUAAGCUCUGGCAAUAUUUGCACUUUUGGGAAUGAGUACAUUAAUGUGUAUGAUCAAACUCCGCAAAUGCCACUUUGACAGCUGUUAAUUAGGGUAUGCACCUUUUUUUCUUCGACAAGGAUGUGUCCAUGCUUCAAUUUUUACAUUCAUCAUGGCUUCAGGUAGAAGUGGGGAGCGGGGAGGGGUGGGGAGGUCAGGAGUAGGGGGAAGGCAGUUUUUUUAUGUGAAUUUUGAUAUGAAACGAACCUAGUCACUUAUUUAUACGAUAGGCUUGACUCAAGUGUUUUUCAAAGCUGGUAUUCCUAAUGUGAGACGUGAUACGGUUUUAUUUUUAGCAGUACAUUUGGAUGUAGACUGACAGACAUAGCUGAAUGUCUCAAUAAAUUACCUUUGACGAUUUUUA